AUGAUUCAUUUAUACGCUUAUUCUGGAGUUCCGGUUGUCAUAACCGAUGCAAUGGUUAAUUGGACGGCAACUGAAGUCUUCUCAUUUGAAUACUUCAAAAAUAUAUAUCCCAACGAAAGCCCAGCCCUUGACAACUAUGACAGGAACUGUCAAUUCUUUCCAUACAAAACUCAAUUCAAACGUUUGAGAGAAAUAAUUAGGAGUAAUUGCGAUCCAUUGGUUGCAAACGCAUUGCGACAACACUAUCAGAGACCAUAUUUUAUGCCACAAGAUUCUGAGGGCACUAAAAUGGACUGGAUAUUCAUGGGAAGUCCUAAAUAUGGAGCACACAUGCAUGUGGACCAUGUUGGUCACCCCUCCUGGCAGGCACAGGUGAGGGGCACUAAAAAAUGGAUUCUCGAACCCCCGACUGAGUGCUACACGACAUGCAAAGUGCUAGAAUUGUACUGGACACCAACCUAUGGUAUCAUCAAACUUAUAUUGUGGGUCAACACAUCAACCGGAAGUAUUACUUUCAAUCGUAUCAAGAAAUUUAUGUUUAAAUAA